AGUAAACACUCGCUGUGAAUCAAAUCGAAUCGUAGUGCGUUUGUAGGGCGUAGAGCGUAAGCGUAGGAAUCUCCUGCACCUUGAAAUUUCCAUUUCCAUUUCCAUCUCGUCCGAUUGAUAUAGAGUGGCGCUUCUUCUUCGAAACGCUUCCAGUUUUGGGCUAAACGUCGUUCGAGUAUCGCGGUGAAUUUUUUCCCCGAUUUGUUUCGCUCUCGUGUUGUUCGAAAAAUCCAACGAAAUGGCCAUCAGUCGAUUGUCUAUCAUCAAAUUUUUGGAAUUGGCCAUAGCUGUCACUUGCAUUGGUUUACAUUACAAAAGCAGAACGAACGAUAUCGACACCGAUACGUUAUCUUCAGCUACUUUCGGUGGAUACGUCAUCAUUCUGGUCGGUGGAUUCGCAGGCUACUUGAUGAGCACCCCGUUCAACAAGAGAAUCGACAUAUUCUUCUCGUUGGUGGGCUGCGCUCUUUUCGUCGCCUCCGGGGCCUUAAACAUCAAAGUGUACGACGAUUUUGGCAAGUCCGAAUGGCGGGACUACGGCUUGGCGAAGGCCUCUUUGGCGAUCAUUAAUGGCGCCGUUUUCCUGCUGGAUUCGCUGCUGACGUGGAGAGGAGACUUCUAAGUACCACCCGGUUUCGGGCGGGCCAAAUAGUACCGGGUUUGAACCUUAGAUCAUAUACAGGUGCGAUAAAGACAACUUCCAUUAGACACUUACAAAGGAAGAGGAAAGAGUGACAUUUGUGUCAUUGCAACUUUUCACUUUGACAGCUGUCAUUUUAUUAAUCUUUCUUUGUUCCACUCAUAGAAAUGACCAUGUUGCAAUCGGAAAUGGAGCAAGGUGUAUAUGAUCUAAGGUUUGAACAAUUUUGGAACGGAGAAUUGUUCAAAAUCGCCCGUUUUGGGCGGUCGUUUAUUGAUAGUUUUCUAAUCGACAAAUUUUGUAUUUUCUAAUUCAUUGCGUUAUUUUUGAAUCGAGUUUAUUAUUAGGUUUAGGUCAAUGUUGUGAAAGAAACUUUAAAGCUUUUGCUUGAAUUUUUGAAUAGAAGGUUUUUUUAUAAGAAGAAUCUACAUUGAAAAUCAAUUUUUUAUGAAUCUUUACACAUCGUAAUUUUAUAUACAAAUUGUUCGAUAUUUAAAAAGAUAUUUUAUGCAUAGUUUUAUUACAAAGUUUGUUUUUUUCAUUUCGAAUUUUCUACAUUUUUUUUAACAUUUUAUAAUUGAGUGUUCAAGCUUAGUAUUUAUUAUAAAAUAAAAAUAAUAGUAUUCUAAAUGAUGUAAUAUUUAAUAUUUAUUUCAUUACAUAUACAAAGUAGCAAUAUAAUAACUUUAUAGUGAUUUUUUUUGUGUGAACACCAUCUUUUAGGUACAAUUCGACGGCUAUACAACUAACAUUAAUUAAUUUAAAAAAAAAUAAACGAAAAGAAAUGGAACGAAACAAUUUCGAAAAAAAAAACAAAAACCAAAAUAAUAAUAAGUUCAAAACGAUAAAUGGUUUGUUCCGCUUUAUACAAUAAACAUACAUUUAUAAAACACGUGUAAAGAGUAUAUAAUACAAAUUGUAAAAUUGUGCUAAAAAUAUCGAUCCCCCGUUUCGUUAGAAUAGAAAUGUUUUGGGGGGUCCUAUUCGUUGAGGAUGCAGGUCCUGACAAUAGCCUCGGUGACGGCGUAAGGAUCGCAAUUCGAGGCCGGUCGCCUGUCCUCCAGGUAACCCUUUUUCUCUUCGGCGCAUCCCCGGGGAAUUCUCACGCUGGCGCCGCGAUUGGCUACU